AUGGAUAGAAAUGGCGGCCUCAGGGCUAUAUCUCCUGCCAACGAGGCUCCAGAGUCCCCAGAGCUCAUCAAGACUGCAGAGGAUCUCAUCACCCGCUGCAACAGAAUAUGUGACGAGCUCGAACACAUGCGCCUUGCCGUGGAAACGCACGCCGCCAGGGUCAACAAUCACUGGCACGCCUACAUCCCCGGCUUCAGCACAUUUUGGCAGACCAACGCGAACCAACGCACUCGGGCAGAAACCUUGCUUCAACGAUGCAAAGAACCACACGAGCCAGGUUCGGAGGCUGAGGGUUCACUGUCUCGAGACUUCAGGCUUAUAGAGGGCGAACUCUCAUCGUACGAGAACCACUGGUCAGCGAUCAAAAAGUGUCGCUCCAUCACUUGGUUCCGCUUCGCUGUCCCCUACUCCAAGCCAGAUGGGCAACAAAGCUCGGUUUUCGUCAGUGCCAUUGUCGAUAACGGGCACGAGUGGAUGAGGGUGCUCAGCACCACCGAACGGGCUCUUUUGGUCCAGAUGGCUGAGGCGGACUUUCCGUGGGACAAGCCCGAUGACGAGGAUGACGACACCGAGCUCGAUGAGGUUGUAAAUGAUGAAGAAACCCAGAUUGAGAUUCUGAAGAGUGCAAACCAGCUGUUGGCUGCCGCGCGCGAGAUACAUGGGGGCUAUCGGCAUCGUGUACGAAUCGUGCUUCCCAAUAUCUACCGUGGUAAUGUACCUGCCAUAGACAGGUUCCUGAAAAAGAUUGAAAGUCUCGGUGACGAGGAAGUUUCUCUUGCCUUGGAAUGCGCUGAAGAGAGUCGGGCUCCGCCCCCGCCUCUCAAAAUCGCGAUACCAAACCUUCUCAGUCAUGGAGAUGCUGCAAAUGCACCACCGUUGACUCCCCAUCUGAAUAUCGAUACCUCCAUCUUUGUGGCUUUAACGACAGAUAUCUCCCACAGCCACAGCUCCCAGCGGAAGUGGCGACCAAAGAUUCUGGAAGACGUAGGGGAUGAAGCCGAGCAUGGUCCCAGGCUCCCAAAGUCCCUUUACCCUCUCCUUCGCGGUCACACGCUUGUCUGCACCCGAGAGGCCGCAGAGACAUGUCUGCGGAUGGUCUACGACGCGUCGACAGAAUCAGAAGUCUCCCGAAUAGAGAUACUACUGGGGCAAGAAACGCUCAGAGGCAAGCAGGACGACAAGAUGACGUUCCUUGAGCGUGUUUUGCGACAGGACGGAUGGGCCAUGGCGCAAACGGACGUCGAGGCAACGGAGAGGCGACGUCGGAACCUCACUGCAGAACUGCAGAAGCUGUCUUGCCAUCCAGUACCCGAAGACCUACAACUCCCCAUCCGCAUUGUGGAAGACUUCCGCAGGGAACACGUGACAGAAGAGGUCCGCAAGGGUACACUGCCAAAAGUCGCGCUGGCAGUAGAACCUACGCUGAACGAGACGAAUUGCUCGUCUUUCCUGUACGGCUGGAAGACAAAUUACACGACAAUAACAUGUAAUCGUCAUGCUGUGAGACGAUUGGGCAACCUCGUCAAGAAGAUGCGGUGGUCUCGAGACGCGGAGGCGGCUCCCAUCAUUGCCAUGGACUGGGCUCGUGGUCUUGCCAAGAUCCCGUUCCCAGGAGAGGUGUUGGUAGACGGUCCACUGGAGCAGGACUAG